AUGGAUUUCCAGCAGGCACCCUCCCGCGAGGCGUAUUUUGUAUUAGACGCUAUCGCCAAUUCCAACAAUUAUCUCGAAGCAUUGGUUACGGGCAUCGACAAUGCUCAAACAGACAGUAAUUCCAUCACCGACAAAUGGGUCACCCAGUGCUCCUACACUACCGUUCAGCCGGCAUCCACAUCCCGCAUCUCGGAGAUCUUGAAUGACAGAGCAGCUGGUCUGCUCAUCCUGCUGACCAUUGCCUCUGUGGCUGUGCCGGGACUUGGCGAAUUGACCGUCGCUGGUGCCAGUGUUGCUGCCACUACUCAGGCCAUAGGUGCCGGCGCAGGUGCUGCAGCUGGUGUACAGAGUGGAAUAUUACCCGCCGUUGCGAAUGCCUUACCAUCAGCACAUGAGGAAGGCGCGCACCGAAAGCGUGUCCUCUCCAAAGGCUCACCAAAAGCGCUUCCACCGUUUUAG